CCGCUUGUGUACUUUGCCCACGUUUCUCACUCUUAACAGAAAUAAAAGAGCGAGAGAAAAAGAAAAAAGGAAAAGAAAAAAAAGUUAUCUGCUUUCUAGUAUUGAAGAAGAGCUGGUGCUUCGUGCUUUCAGCUUCGCUUGUGAUCCGCAGCGGCUUGCCCUAUAAUUUGCUCAAUUUUCAUUCUAAGGAUUGACUUUCUGAGAACAUCUCUUCCUUUGUGAUAGGUUGGGGAAAAUCUUUUUUUAGCUAAGGUCAAAUAGUACCUGUUCUACAGUCUGAAUGGCAAAGAAAGAUAAGUUGCGUGGAGGUGGUUCUGUUGCAUUUGCCACUAAUUACGAAUCAGAAGGCUCUGGCAGUUCAUGUAGAUUCGAUGCUGGAAUUGCUGUUUCAGGACAUUCUUUUGCUCCUCAGCAGAGAUGGAUAAAUACAAAUUCUUCUUCACAUGAUGGUUUUGCUGUGCCAAUCCAAGUUAUCUCGUUAUCCAAGCUGUCACCAUCUGAGAGGAAAAACUUGGUUCUGCAGUUGAGAUCUGAUCUUGACCAAAUAAGAAUUCUGCAGAAGAAAGUUGAGUUUUAUAGGACAAGUGCAGUUGCAGUUUCAUCUUCUAGCGAUAUUGUUAGCUGUAGCAAUGCACACAAAGGGCCUCCUUUAGCAAGCAAGAAGAAAUCUGCAGGAACUGGGCCCGGGAAAAAGUCAAACCUUCUUGGUCAGAAGGCGUCGGCCCUGAACAGGGAGACCUCUGGCAGGUUUAAAUCUGCUUCAGCACCAUCCACUUCAAAAGCAACAUUGAUGAAACAGUGUGAGAACUUGUUGAAAAAGUUGAUGUCGCAUCAGCAUGGUCCCGUGUUUAAUGAGCCUGUUGACAUAGUUAAGUUAAAAAUACCCGACUAUUUCACUGUGAUUAAACAUCCAAUGGAUUUGGGGACAAUAAAGAAGAGGCUUACUUCAGGUGCGUACUUGAGUCCACUGGAAUUUCUUGCUGAUGUGAGACUGACAUUCUCCAAUGCAAUGAUCUAUAACCCCCCUGGUAAUAUUGUCCAUAUCAUGGCUGAUACAAUGAGCAAGUUUUUUGAACUAAGAUGGAAAACUAUUGAGAAAAAGCUACCUGUUAACCAUGCUGAAUCAGUGGAAGAAAAAUCCGGUUUGCAUGAAGAAAAUGAAACUGCUUCAAAGAAGAGGAGACUUUCUCCAAUGCAGCAUGUAAUUAUGCCAGAACCUCCUAAAUGCAAGAUGACUGAUGAAGAGAAACAUAAACUAAGCAGUGAACUAGAAGCUUCACUUGGUGAUCUACCAGACAACAUCAUUGAGUUUUUGAAGGAACAAAGUUCAAAUGGAACAGCAGCUGGAGAUGAUGAGAUUGAGAUUGACAUUGAUGUUCUUCCCCAUGAUACUUUGUUCACGUUACGGGAGCUUCUAGAUAAGUUUUUGCAAGAGAAACAAAAAGGCAAUGCAAAAGCUGAACCUUGUGAGAUAGAGCUGCCAAAUGAAUUGGGGCUUAGUAAUUCAUCCAUGCACGUAGACGGAGGUAAUGACCAUGUCGAUGAGGAGGUUGAUAUUGGUGGAAAUGAGCCUCCUGUCUCUAGUUAUCCUUCAGUUGAGAUUGAAAAAGAUACAGAUCUGAAAAGAGAUGAAUGUAUAAAUACAGGGGGUCCCAAUGAUUCAGAUUCUAGUAGCUCUUCUGAUGAUGAGUCUGAAGCUCAAAGAACAUCUGAUCAUGCUGAGCAGAAUCACAGUUCGCCAGCAAAGGUAGAUGGGAAGGAAGCUGGCAAUAGUUUAGCUGAUGGAGAUCGGGAGAGUGUGCCAGACAGGAGGGUCUCCCCUGAAAAGCUCUAUAGAGCUGCUCUCCUGAAGAACAGAUUUGCAGAUACAAUUUUAAAAGCUCGAGAGAAGACACUUGUUGAGGUCGAGAAGGGCGAUCCAGAGAAACUUCGUCGUGAAAGGGAGGAACUUGAGAUGCGGAGGAGGAAAGAGAAAGCUAAGUUGCAAGCAGAAGCCAAAGCUGCUGAAGAAGCUCAAAGACGUGCAGAAGCAGAAGCUGCAGCUGAGGCUAAGAGGAGGAGAGAGCUCGAUAGAGAAGCAGCAAGACAGGCAUUGCUCCAGAUGGAAAAGACUGUAGAGAUUAAUGAGAAUUCAAAGUUUCUUGAGGAUUUGGAGAUGCUGACUGCUGUCCCACCCGAGCAAUUACCUAGCUCGGUAGAUGAGACCAGUCCAGAUCAUUCCCAGGAUGGGCUAGGUGGCUUCAAAUUUGGAGGCAGUAAUGCUCUGGAGCAACUUGGGUUGUACAUGAAGAUGGAUGAUGAUGAGGAAGAAUGUGAGCCCGCUACUGUCCCAAGUGAUCCUAAGGAUGUUGAGCCCGAGGAAGGUGAAAUUGAUUAAGCUGCCCUCUAUAGCUGUAUCAUAGUGUUUUAGAGAUCACUAAUAGGUUAAUGACAUAAAUCCUAUUCCAUAUUGAAAGCCGAAAAAAGAAGAAAACAGAAAAGAAAAAAGAAAAAAAUAACAUAUAAGAAAAAAAUUUGGAAAACAUUGACUUGGCAUUCAGUUUGUUAUUGGAUGUGGAAAAGAAUUGUGUGGAAGUGCUCUGCAGUUGCCUUUUCUGAUC